CCAGCCCUUCCUAGGGCUUCCCUGAGCAGCUGAACAGGAGCUGAAACACAGAACACCAAGGGCCCACAGAGUGUACCCAGGAUGAUGUCCUACGGAGAGAGGCUGGGGGGCCCGGCUAUCUCCCCGCUCCCAGUCCGCGGGGGGCACAUGAUGCGUGGGGCGACCUUUGCCUACGUGCCCAGCCCGCAGGUCCUGCACAGGAUCCCAGGGACCUCAGCCUAUGCCUUCCCCAGCCUGGGCCCUGUGGCCCUCACCGAGCACGGCUGCUCCUAUGGGGAGGUUCUGGAGCGCCAUGACCCGCUGCCCUCCAAGCUGGCCCUGGAGGAGGAACAGAAGCCAGAGCCAGGGUUGGCCCAGAAGCUGCGCCAGGCUGGCUCAAUGCUCCUCAAGGUGCCGCUGAUGCUUGCCUUCCUCUACCUCUUUGUCUGCUCCCUGGACGUGCUCAGCUCAGCCUUCCAGCUGGCUGGAGGAAAGGUGGCUGGCGACAUCUUCAAGGACAACGCCAUCCUGUCCAACCCAGUAGCAGGGCUGGUGGUGGGGAUCCUAGUGACCGUGCUGGUGCAGAGCUCCAGCACCUCCACAUCCAUCAUUGUCAGCAUGGUCUCCUCUGGCUUGCUGGAGGUGAGCUCUGCCAUCCCCAUCAUCAUGGGCUCCAACAUCGGCACCUCGGUCACCAACACCAUCGUGGCCCUGAUGCAGGCGGGGGACAGGACUGACUUCCGGCGGGCCUUCGCGGGGGCCACCGUGCACGACUGUUUUAACUGGCUCUCAGUUGUGGUCCUGCUGCCCCUGGAAGCUGCCACCGGGUACCUGCACUACGUCACUCGACUUGUGGUAGCCUCCUUCAACAUCCGUGGUGGCCGUGACACCCCUGACCUGCUCAAGAUCAUCACGGAGCCUUUCACUAAGCUCAUCAUCCAGCUGGACAAGUCUGUGAUUACCAGCAUUGCCACGGGGGACGAGUCCCUGAGAAAUCACAGCCUGAUCAGGAUCUGGUGCCAUCCGGACUCCAUGCAGGCUCCCACCCCCGUGCCCAGGGCACAGGCCAACACCAGCUGGAUGCUCGGAAAUGCUACCAUGGAGAAAUGCAACCACAUCUUCGUGGACACAGGGCUGCCUGACCUGGCCGUGGGGCUCAUCCUGCUGGCUGGCUCCCUGGUACUCCUCUGCACCUGCCUCAUCCUCCUCGUCAAGAUGCUCAACUCUCUGCUCAAGGGCCAGGUGGCCAAGGUCAUUCAGAAGGUUAUCAACACCGACUUCCCUGCCCCCUUCACCUGGGCCACAGGCUACUUUGCCAUGGUGGUGGGCGCCGGCAUGACUUUCGUCGUCCAGAGCAGUUCUGUGUUCACCUCGGCCAUCACCCCACUCAUUGGCCUAGGUGUAAUCAGCAUCGAACGCGCCUACCCGCUCACACUGGGCUCCAACAUCGGCACCACCACCACAGCCAUCCUGGCGGCACUGGCCAGCCCCCGGGAGAAGCUGUCCAGUGCUUUCCAGAUCGCCCUCUGCCAUUUCUUCUUCAACAUCUCGGGCAUCCUGCUGUGGUACCCAGUGCCCUGCAUGCGCCUGCCCAUCCGCAUGGCCAAGGCGCUGGGGAAACGUACCGCCAAAUACCGCUGGUUCGCCGUCCUCUAUCUCCUCCUGUGCUUCCUGCUGCUGCCCUCGCUGGUGUUUGGCAUCUCCAUGGCAGGCUGGCAGGCCAUGGUAGGUGUGGGCGCACCCUUCGGAGCCCUGCUGGCCUUUGUGGUACUUGUCAACAUGCUGCAGAGCCGCAGCCCAGGGCACCUGCCCAAGUGGCUACAGACUUGGGACUUCCUGCCUCGGUGGAUGCACUCCCUGCAGCCCCUGGACCGCCUCAUCGCCCGUGCCACCUUGUGCUGUGCCAGGCCCGAGCCCCGCUCACCCCCAUUGCCUACCAGAGUCUUCCUGGAGGAGCUGCCCCCUGCCACACCCUCCCCUCGCCUCGCAAUGCCUGCUCAUCUCAAUGCCACCCGUCUCUAGGCUCUAGCCCAGACUGGGAAGGGCCUGUGCCUGGUGCCCUGGGUGGAAGGGCAGCAGGGUGUGUCUGUGAGCUCUGGGCAUGUGCCUGUCCUUGUGCAGGUCCUGGGAGGUUUGGGCUUGUGUGACUGAGAGUCAGUGCGCGUGUACAUGUGGGCAUGUUGGGGUGAGCCUGUGUGUCAGCCUGCCCAUAUGCACCCCCAGAGGGGCUGCUGUGUGCUAGCUGCAGGGUACCUGGGUAUGAUUUUGAGUACUUUGCACAUGCAUUUGGAGGCCUGCGCUUGUGUCCUGUGUACGCACAACUCUGACUGGGCUGGGUGGGAGUAAGCAUGAGUCUGAGGAUGUGACCAGCACCUGUUUGCUCAUGCAUAGAUAUGGGUGCCUGAGUCACUGCCUAAAUUCUCACCCCCUCCCUGCCAGCUUCCUUCCUCUAUUAAGCUAUUUUCCUCACCUUUACCCCAGGUUUUCUGCAUCACUGCUACAACCCCCUUCCCCUUCCCUGA